AUGAAACAAGAGUGUGUAGUUCUUGUGUUAUGUUGUUUGCUGCUCAUCUCGAUAGGUUUAGAAGUCCAUGCGCUAGAUUAUGACUAUAGUUUCUCAGCCGAGUGUUUGAAAAAUCCUCUUAAACCUCAAUAUAAUGGAGGGAUCGUGACAAAUCCAGAAUUUAAUGAUGGAUUAAAUGGAUGGGCCGUUUUGGGAGUCGCUAAAAUUGAGAACAAUGUUUCAAGCGAUGGAAAUAAAUUCAUCGUUGCCUCAGAGAGGAAAGGACCGUAUCAUGGUUUUUCACAAGAGUUUCAAUUGGACAAAGACAAGUUCUACGUAGUUUCUGGAUGGGUACAAGUGAACCAUGGUGAUGAUGCCACUAUAGCAGUGAUAUUCAAGACACAAGGUGGUUUUCAACAUGCUGCUUGGGCUAAUGCUAAAUCUGGUUGUUGGUCUAUGUUCAAGGGUGGCUUAGUUGUCAAUGCUUCUGGUCCUGCUCAACUUUAUUUUGAGACCAAUAAUACAGCAGUUGACAUAUGGAUAGACAAUAUUUCAGUACAACCAUUUAGCCAAGAAGAGUGGACGUCCCAUCAAACUCAAACCAUUGAAAAGGUACGAAAAAGCAAAGUGGUAAUCCAAGUGGUGGACUCGCAAGGCAAGCCUUUACCUAAUGCGACAAUCUCUUUGAUACAAGGAAGAGCCAAUUUCCCAUUUGGUUGUGCAAUGAACAAAAACAUUCUUAAUAACAAUGCUUAUCAAAAUUGGUUCUUCUCGAGAUUCAAGUACACAGUAUUUGAGGAUGAAAUGAAAUGGUAUAGUACUGAAAAUUCUCAAGGCAAAGUAGACUACUCAACUUCUGAUGCAAUGGUCAAUUUAUGCAAGAGCAAAGGUGUCAGCAUCCGAGGGCAUAAUAUACUUUGGGAUGACCCAAAAUUUCAGCCAAAUUGGGUCCCUUCACUAUCCCCACAACAACUCUCUGUUGCUGCUGGAAGAAGAGUUGGUUCAGUCGUGGCGAAAUAUAGAGGCCAAGUUAUUCAUUGGGAUGUUGUGAAUGAAAAUCUUCACUUCAAUUUCUUGGAGAGUAAACUUGGUGCAAGUGCAUCUGCUACCUUUUUUCGUUUGGCUGCACAAUUUGAUAAUAGAACACCUCUGUUCUUGAAUGAGUUUAAUACGAUAGAAGAUCAACGCGAUGGAGCUUCAUCACCAGCCAAUUAUCUUAAUAAGAUUAGACAAAUAAGAGCAGGAGGGUAUAGAGGUUCUCUUGGAAUUGGAUUGGAAGGACAUUUUGUUACUCCUAACCAGGCUUAUAUUAGGUCCGCAAUCGAUACACUUGCUUCUGCAAAAUUACCCAUUUGGAUCACUGAGUUGGAUGUCCAAAGCAGUCCAAAUCAGGCGCAAUUCUUGGAUCAAAUUAUAAAGGAGGUAGUUGGACACCCAGCUGUUCAAGGGUUACUAAUUUGGUCAGCAUGGACACCAAAUGGAUGUUAUAAAAUGUGUUUGACUGAUAACAACUUCAAAAAUCUAGCGACUGGAGAUGUUGUUGACAAAAUUCGUGUGUCAUUAACACAUGAGGAUUUGGUUGGGACUACAAAUGCUGAGGGUUAUUUCGAGACUUCACUUUUCCAUGGAGAUUACAAAGCUAUUGUUACUCAUCCUACGAUGAUAGUUUCGUCCUUUCACCAUAAUUUGACAGUGAUGCCUACUACAUCUGAAAGUAGCAGUGAAAGAGUGUUCAGUUACAAAUUCAUGGCUGCUUGA